ACAAUGAGACACAUGAGGCUCGGGGCGCUUGCGGGACCAGCCUCCUCCUCCCCUCCUCCUCUCUUCAGCUAGCAGUUGUCUGCUCCAGUUCUCCCCACUUUAACCCCACCUUGCCCUGCACCUGGUGGCCUUGUGGGAGCCAGGAGCCAGCUCCAUAACUUUUAGCAGCACAAGCCCAGCUCUCAGCUCAGCCCUCAGAGCAACCUCAGCACAGCCCAGGUCUGGUUCUAGCGCUGGCUCACCAUGGCGAAGGACUUUCAAGACAUCCAGCAACUGGACUUGGAGGAACAAGACCACCACCUUGGCAGAAGUGAGGCGCCAGGCACUUGUGCGCAGAAUUCCAGAGGUGAGGCGCCAGGCACUUGUGCGCAGAAUCCCAGGAGAGAAGAUCCAUUUUGGAAAGGGCCACCUCUGCCCCAGACCCUGGCACAGCGUCUCUGCUCCACGCUCCGCCUCAGUCUGCUUGCCCUGGGCUUCAACAUCCUGCUGCUGGUGGCCAUCUGUGUGAUUGGGUCCCAAAGCACACAGCUGCAAGUGGAGCUGCGGGCCCUAAAGGAAACUUUCAGCAACUUCUCUUCCCGUACUCUGAUGGACGUCCGGGCUCUGGGUGCCAACGGAGGCAGUGUAGGGGCCAAGAUAACAACUUUGGGAGCCAAGCUGGAGAAACAGCAGCAGGACCUGAAAGCAGACCAUGACACCUUGCUCCUUCAUUUGAAGCACUUUCCAGCUGAUCUGCGUGUCCUGGCCUGCCAGGUGGAGUUCCUCCACAGCAACGGCUCAGAAAGGACCUGUUGCCCUGUCAACUGGGUGGAGUACGCGGGCAGCUGCUACUGGUUCUCUCGCUCUGGGAAGUCCUGGCUGGAGGCGGAGAAGUACUGCCAGCUGGAGAACGCCCACCUGGUGGUCAUCAACUCCUGGGAGGAGCAGAAAUUCAUUGUACAACACACAAACCCCUUUAACACCUGGAUAGGUCUCACUGACAGUGAUGGUUCCUGGAAAUGGGUGGAUGGAACCGAGUAUAGGUACAACUACAAAAACUGGGCUAUCACUCAGCCAGAUAACUGGCGGGGACACGAGAUGGAUGCAAGUGAAGACUGCGCGGAGAUGCGGCCGGAUGGCCGCUGGAACGACAAUUUCUGCCUCCAGGUGUACCGCUGGGUGUGUGAGAAGAGGCGGAAUAGCACCGCCCAGGAACCCUGACCCCGGCACAGCCCUGCCCAACCUGCGCCCACCCCUACCCUCCCCACUUCUCCGUUGGAGAUUUCGAAGAAAGAAAGAAAAAUAGGUUCAGGGUCAUGGUGAGGGCUUGAGGAAAGAUAGAAAGGGGGAUGGGUUAAGGUUCUCAGACCCUGGGAAGGCUGAGAGCCAACCUUUCCACAAGUCAUUGUAACUGUUAUAAUUUUCAGCCUCCCCAAUGGAGUAAGGAAAGAAGAAACAAACAGUUGAAACUGUGUGGUCUGGUUAUUUGGAUCUUGGAAAUAUAGGGUGCAGAGGAGGGGGCCCCCGAAUCCACAAGGUGUAAUUCCAUAGGACGCCCUGGGGGCGGGGCUGAGAGCAGAAGUUGGCAGCAGCCUGCUCUCCUGGGGAGCGGUCGGCUGGGCCGGGGCUCCCAAAGGAGGCAGGUUUCCCUGAGGUCCCAAGGAACACCCUGGGCUCACAAAGAAGAGGAGGGCAAGGUGGCUGUCUUCCCCCACCCCCAUACAGAUCUAGACUGAUCUCCAACACUUGGUAUCAUCAACAAUUUCCACAGUUUAUUUUUGAAUAAACUUCGUUUGCUUUCAAAAAUCA